CGGGCUGGGCGUCGCGUCGCGUCGCCUCUGUGGCUCCGGCUCGCUCCGCUUUGAUUCGAAGCGAACUGCUCCCCUUUGUAGACAGGCUGGACACCCCCAGGCAGGGGGCGCUAGGCUGCGCUGGGGAGGCCACGGCUGCCUUUUCACGGCGCUUUGGAAACGCGCCCGGCCCGGCCCGGCUCGGCCCGGCCCGCGCCGAAACGCCGCCUGGCACACGCUCCCGGGAAAGGGGGGUGGGGAUUGGCCGGGGGGUUGUUGCUGUUCCUCGGCUCUGCCUGUGGCUGUGGCGGGUGCGGCUGCCUCCCCCCCAACCUCGCCCUGCAGAGGGGCUGGGGGGCGCUGCCGCUGCCCCCCACCCCAGGCUUGAAGCGGUUUCCCUCAUACGCGGGCUUUACGGGUUGGUGCAAAGGCUCUCAGCAUCCCCGCCACACACAUUGCUCCGGCACCCCUGCCCCCGGGAAGGUUGGGAAACUAGCCGAAGCAAACUCAAACAUUUUGGGCUUGUUUUCUCCCUCUGUCGCCAGCCCCGGGAGGCCUGUGCCAGGGCCAUCUUUGGUAGGAAAAUGGUGUGGGGCCGGGUGUGGAUGAGCUCGGACUGUUCUCCGUGGAGUAUUAAGUCAAUCCCAAGUGUUUUGUGAGCAGUUAGCACAGGAGUUGGUAGAAAAAUGUUGAGGGGGAAAUGGUUGAAUGGCACAAAACAAACCGACAAAAAAACCCCCAACCCUCCAACCUUUUAUGCCUAUUCCAUGUUGUUCGGGAGAUCAAGUUCAAGUUGGCGUCAGAUAUAUUUGUGCAUGUGUCUCAUUUACUUCAGUCACUUACGUGCUUUUGAAAAAUCCCACCUUCAAGUGUUUAAGUGCUGAUUGGAGGUUCCAGAAAUUGACUGUCUACAGGAAAUCAUGAGGUCACAGUACGUCACAGUGCCUAUAGUAACUAUCCUGCUGUUCUUAUUAUGGAUUCCACCAUCAAUGGGCUGCAAUAAGGCUCUCUGUGCUAGUGAUGUCAGUAAAUGUCUGAUACAGGAGCUAUGUCAAUGCCGACCUGGCGAAGGAAACUGUUCCUGUUGCAAAGAGUGCAUGCUUUGUCUAGGCACACUUUGGGAUGAGUGCUGUGAUUGUGUUGGUAUGUGCAAUCCUCGCAACUACAGUGACACGCCUCCAACUUCCAAGAGCACUGUAGAGGAGCUGCAUGAACCAAUCCCUUCCCUCUUCCGGGCACUCACAGAAGGGGAUACUCAGCUGAACUGGAAUAUUGUUUCCUUCCCAGUUGCAGAAGAAUUGUCGCAUCAUGAGAAUCUAGUUUCAUUUUUAGAAACAGUUAACCAGCCGCAGCACCAGAACAUCUCUGUUCCAAGCAACACUGUCCACACACCAUACUCCAGCGACAAAGAAAACAUGUGCACUGUGGUCUAUUUUGAUGACUGCAUGUCAAUACAUCAGUGCAAGAUCUCUUGUGAGUCCAUGGGAGCAUCAAAAUACAGGUGGUUUCACAAUGCCUGCUGUGAGUGUAUUGGGCCAGAAUGUAUCGACUAUGGCAGUAAAACUGUAAAAUGUAUGAACUGCAUGUUUUGAAGCAGAGAAGCUAUAUAAUAGUAAUGUGGAGGCCAAAGCAACGUCUCUUAAUUAAAAAGGUGGGGAUUGGAAGUAUUGCAUUAUGGGAUAUGUUCUGGGAGCAACUAAACAUGAAUGAUUUGAGAAAAGAUGUAUAAAAUUCAAAGCUGUAAUUUUUUUUUUAAUCCUGUAAACAAUGCUAAUUGGCAAAUGUUUCAACUGUUAUGUUUAUUUUUUCCUUAUUCUUAGUCGAGUAGCAUAGCCAUCCUCAUGCUUCCUAUCCGGAUUGUUUUGCUUUGAUCUGAAUAUAUUGCCUAUACUCAUUUUCAGAAUGUAAUGUCGUAUUUAGCAAUUCAGAAUAGUGAAGCCUCAACAAGAUUCCCAUUAUUUAGAAGUUCCACAAGUGCUCAAAUAGAUAAUGCUCUUGUUUUAUACCUCUCCAGUAUAGAGGCAUAAGAUUCCAGUGGUUUAUGGUCUUACACCAGUGGCCCAGACUCCUAUUGUGAAAAGGAUGUCCUCAAAAAUAAGAAAACAAUUUUUUUUUUCAACUUCAAAACAGGCGCUGUAAUAGAUAAAAAUCCCAGCUUCUUAGCAGGCCGCACUACCCACUACAAUACCAUGAGUGUGACAUCAUUCCUCCAGCUGUUAUAUGCCUCCAUUCCUAUAGGCAAGGUAUUGCAUUUCAUAAAGAAAUUUUGUUCCCGUCAGUGCACUCUUCUUAUAAACUAAAAUAAAGCUGGUAAGUUUAGUCAUGUCCACAUGCUAUCGCACUCUUUGUGGGUUGUCUUAUCCCUGGAAACUCAGUGCGGUGCUGCAAAUUUGCAAGGUGGUUGUUAUGAACAGACAAAAUAGCUUGGGAAUUAAACUGAGUGUCCUAGUAAGCUCAGCAAGGUUAUUUGUUGAGUAGCUGGCAGAUGUCACAUUACCACACUUGGUACUGCUCUGUGGAACACUUAUUCUAACUUUGGAUUUGCUUUGAGGUUGGUUUUGAUUCAGAUUUAUGAUAUAAAAGUGCUUAAUGGGGAAGUAAUUAUCCUCUGAAUCAAAUGAGCAUUCUCGGAAUAUGGAACACUUUGUCCAUUUUGCUGUGUUUUAACAUAAGGAGUAGUAGGCAAUUGCAAAUUAUAAGGUAAUUACUGUGGUACCAUUAGGAUUUUCCUGUGACGAUGGCAUAGAAACCACAAGAAUAAAGUCUGAGUACAAUUGUGAUCUCGCCAGAAACUCAUGAGAGUGUUUAUAACAAUAACUUUUUUUAAGUUUACUACUUUUUUUAUAUAGAUGGAUUUGACUAUUCCUGUUUCUCCCUCUCGCCUCCAGCUCUCUAGGUCACACUGACUCCUACCAAUGUGUUCCUCAACACCGAGAUCAGUUUUUUCAACUCUCAUUUUAUUUGAAAAAUUGACUUGGGAAUUUUUAGUUAUCCUGAUACAUACAACUCUUCAAAUAAGAAAAAUCUAAACAUGGCUGCUGUUGUGCAGGACUUAAUUUUUUAAACUCUUUUCCAGAUAUUACUUGAAAGCUGGAGGUUUGCUUAAACUUUUAAACUGGUGGUAAACAAAGCUUCUUCCUAUUUAAAGUUGGAUUUAUGGGAGAAAGUUUUGAAUUCAUGGUUUCUGGACGAAGGGCAAAGAUAAGCCAAAACUGAAGGAAAUGUUAUUUCUUCUUCUUUUUAUGGUUUGUUCCUUGCAUCUUUUCCAUUUUUUUGUGCAGAUAAAUUCUUCAUGAAUUUUUUAUAGUGAAGGGGGAGAGAGGAUAUGCUUACGUUGUGAGUAUCUGUAUCUUGUGUUCUUGAGGAUUAUACAUUAUUUCUGAUCAAGAUUUAAUAAAACUUUUUUCAAGUGUCCCUGCAAAUCAGUGGCACACUGAAGGCUUUGAGUUAUCAUAUACUGGAUUAUUUGAAAUGUAAAAUAUUAUGGUUUUAGAAUCUUAAAACGAAUCAAGGUUGAUUAUCUAUUUGGGACAUUGUUGCGUGGAUUUAUGACAUCACCCGUCUUUACUUUAUGAUUUUACUUCAAGAUCAAGUAGGAGGGAUAGAGAGGUUGUGUGUGGAGGGAGACAGAACCUCUGUUUUAAAGAGUUAAAUGGCCAUAAAAAUCAUGGAAAAUCACAAAAGGUAAAUUGUUUGUGUAGUACCUUGAAAAGUUUUUGCUUGUAAGGACAGUCCACUUUAAAUUAGGUUUGCUCUAUUUUUGUAAUGUAUGAUGCUCUCCAGAGAGUCUGUGCUGUAAACUCAGUGCAUAUGCAAAUGAUCUGUGGCAACAUCAGAUGUAUUUUCUUAUCUUUCAUUUGUUUAAACAAGUAUUUUAAUAAAUAAUGAGACAUUA